UGUGUGCACACACCACCCCUUCCUCUGCCGUUAGCAAAACAGUUCCGCAUGUAGCUAACUAGCUAAAGUUUACAACAAACCUAAGUUAUUCAGCUAUAUCACUUCUCAAACAAACCGAAUCAACGUUGGAUAUAACUCGUCCAAUCAGAUAAUAUCCAGUCUUAAGUUUUUAAAACGCUGAACAUGCAAACUAACGCUAACUAGUUAACGUUACCAUUAGCUAGCUACUGUUAGCUGUAAUGGCAGCACCAACGAUUUCUGCCACUGUGUUCAGUCAAAAGCAAAAGAGGGCUGCUCUGAGGAAAGAGAGAAGAAAACGGAAACGCCAAGCCCUCGCCCAAGCCAGAGAAUGUGGUUUAAAAAUUGGAGCAAGCUGUACACCUGAAGAAGAAGAAGAAGAAGAAGAAGAAGAAAGAAAUGAUGAAAAUGAAAAGGAUUAUGAUGUUGCAGAGCAAGAAAGACUGCAGCUACAUGAAGAGUGGUUGGAAAGAGAGAGGCUUGCGCAGGAGGAAUUCAGGCUGAAGGCUGAGAGGGAGGAGUCUGCCAAGAAAAGAAAAGAGGAGGAGGAGCGGAUGAUAAAAGAGGAAUGGGAGGCCCAGCAGAAGAAAGAACAAGACGAAAAAGAGCAGAAGCAACAGGACAAGCGAGACAGAGAGGAGGCCGUUCAGAAAAUGUUGGAUGAAGCUGAAAAUCAGCUGGAAAAUGGAGAACCGUGGAUGAAUCCCGAGGCUCCUGUGUCAAAGAACUCUGAUAACUUCGGAACAGAGCGCGACGUAGCCAACUGUCCCUUCUUCCUGAAGACUGGGGCAUGUCGAUUUGGCGACAGAUGUUCUCGGAAGCAUGUUUAUCCCACAGCCAGCCCGACUCUGAUGAUUCGCGGUAUGUUUACAACGUUUGGCAUGGAGCAGUCCCGCCGAGAUGAUUACGAUAUUGAUGCUUGUUUGGAACACAGCGAGGAGGAGCUGCAGGAGUCUUUUCUCGAGUUCUACCAUGACGUCCUGCCGGAGUUAAAAAGUGUCGGCAAGGUGGUGCAAUUCAAGGUCAGCUGCAAUUAUGAACCACACCUGAGAGGAAAUGUUUACAUUCAGUUUGACACAGAGGAGCAGUGUAAAGAGGCCAUCAUCAAGUUCAAUGGGAGGUGGUACGCAGGCCGGCAGCUUCAUUGUGAGAUGUGUCCAGUUACAAGGUGGAAGAAUGCUAUAUGCGGAUUGUUUGACAGACAGAAGUGCCCCAAAGGGAAACACUGUAAUUUCCUGCAUGUAUUUCGAAACCCUGGCAAUGAAUUCUGGGAGGCUGACAGAGACCUGCACAUGUCACCAGACGGCAGCGUCAGGGGGAGUCGCAGAGACGGGUGGCAUUCAGAGCGAUAUGGAGACAGAUCGUGGAGGCAACGUCAGCGCAGCAGAAGCCCGCCGAGAUCCCACAGCAGACGAGAGGGCGACCGGAGAAGGAGCAGAGAGAGGAGCAGAGAGAGGAGCAGAGAGAGAAGGGCCUCCCAACAGCACAGAGAGGACAAACGCUCAUCCAGACUCAGUGACAGGAGGAAAGAUUGGUAUCGGAGCAGAAGUAGAGACAGGUCGAGGAGUAGAAGUAGAGACAGAGAGCAAGACAGGCCAAGAAAUAGGAGUAGAGAUAAAGAUAGGGAGCACAAAUAUAAGAAUAGAAGUGAAGAGAGAGACAGUAGAGACAAAGAUACAGACACUCACAGAGCAAGAGAAAGGUCAAAAAGCACUAGCCGAGAAAGAAAGAAACAAAGUGGAGAAAGGAGCCCCCAGAAACCAGAUACUAAUGAGAAACCCACUAAUGAGGGUACCAACACACACCGGCGCCACAAACAGUCAAAAAAGAGCAAGAAGAAGAGCAAGAAGAAGCAUAAGAAGAAAAGCCAUUUACCAGAAGUGACAACCUCAUCUGGAGAGUCCAAAAAGGAGGAGUCAGAGGAAGACACGGCGGAGAAUCUCACUGCAACAAGUCCCGUUGAGGAGACAAAGAAGGGAAUAGAGCUAAUUCAGAAUAACAAUGACGUGGAUGAGAGUCCAUGUGUUGACUGUGAAAGGUUUAGUCCUGCAGUAAAAAUUGAGCAAUCGAACACAGAAAUGCCAAGUGAAGCUGCUGGAAAAGGUGACAGGAGUACCUCUUAGGGGCUCCGACAUUUCAAAAUCAUCUGAAUUUAUUCUAGUUUUUCUCCUUGUAACUAUGUGAAUGUGUAAGGAGGAAUAAAUGAAAUGUUUUGAGCAGUGAUGCAGUAAGUUAGCACUCCUGUCACCAUUAUGUGCAUAUGUGAAUAUUUAGCUUUUGGAAUACGAUAUGUUUUAAUUUUAGGUUAACACUCGAUCACCAGAGCUGCAGCACGUCACAGUUAUUGUUGCUGAGCAAAAACAAUAUUAAACAAGAGGUCAACAAAUUUUUAUACAUUUAUUGUUCACUUUCAAAUAUAAGAAAAAAUGUUGGCAAAUUAGUUGGCAGUGUUUAAUACAAAAGUGAUAUAAGAUGAACUUGUUGAAUAAUUAUGAAUGUUCAACCAAAAAACACUGGUUUUAAGAAUGCGGAUAAAAAAGUUUGACUGUCGUACAGUUUGGAUUAGCAUCUAUUUGUUACUUGCUGGCUGGUUUUCCUACAUCCUACCAACA